AUGCGUAGAAAGGAGCUGCCAGUUGCUCAACAUGAGCGAAUUAUUGGUGCAUAUAUUAGUGGCAUUAAACAAAAAUAUAAAGAAACAGGUUUUGCAACACCUGAAAAAUGUCCUGGUCAUCCAAAACUGCUCACUCAAUUUAGAAAAUAUCUUCAUGACAAGGGCCUAGAAGAAUGGAAAAAUGUGGUAUGGUCAGGUGAGUCAAAGUUUGCUCUUUUUGAAUCAGAUGGCCAAGUAAGAGUAUGGAGAAAACCAGUGGAAGCUUAUAAAGAGGAUUGUAUUCAACCUACAGUUAAAUUUG